UCUGAUGAGCUUCAACACAAUAUAUUUGACGCUGAUGUCGGUCAGAAAUGCUCCUCGUCUUCCUCUGAUCUUUCUGCUCAUGAUUCACGGGGUUUCUAGUGUUGAUUGGGGUGUGAGUUACAGUCCUUCACACAUCUGUGCACUAAAGCACUCCUCAGUGAUAAUGAGCUGCUCUUAUACAUACCCUACUGGAUAUAAGAUUGAGAAAGUGUUCUGGACCAGAAACCCUGAGCAGGGUAAAGAGCCUCCAGAUCUGUCUAAGGACCCUGAAUACAGUCAGAGGCUUCAGUAUUUGGGAGACAAACAGCAGAACUGCACCAUCAGACUGAGUCAUGUGACACAGAAGGACCAACACAUGUACUAUUUCAGAUUCAUCACUGUUAAACCUAAAGAUAAAUGGAUUGGCACUCCAGGAGUGACUCUUACUGUCACAGAUCUUCAGGUGGAGGCUCCUGAGAACGUGACAGAGGGUUAUAAUGUCAGUCUGACAUGUAAAAGCAGCUGCACUCUGACUGACAGAGCAACAUUCAUCUGGUACAGAAACUCACAGCCAUUAACUGAGAGAAGAGACGGAAACAAUCAACUCCUGCUGCAGUCAGUCAGAAGAGAGGAUGCAGGCAGAUACAGCUGUGCUCUACAUGGACACACGUACAUCUCUCCUGCUGCUCAGCUCACUGUCUCCUUUCAACCUGGUGCUGAUAGGAAUAUCUCUGAUCCCAGUGAAGACACAUACACAGCUCUUGAGCUCCAGUCCACGACCUCUGACCUCUACAACACAUUCGCAACCGUUCGUCCCAGACCUCCUGAAGACUCUUGA